CAGAGCUCUCUGCCGUACUAGUUUUGCACAGAUUCAAUUUAAGGCCGGAACAAUGAUUUCUUGCGACCUUCUGGUAAGUUCUAUCGAUGGCAUGAACGGCGACGAGCCUAGCUAGCUGUCGAUGCGACAUGCACUGCUGAACCCGAUUUGCAGAGCGGCGCCCGCGGAGCGCGGAUUCGCGCAAGAAUCGAUUCUCGGGCACCGUUCGAUUGAUAAAAAUGUACGGCUAUGACCGCUCGCUCCAACCAGUGAGCUCAGUGCACAAAUCAACUUUGCCUUGACUGCAUUUGUCACCUGCACGCCAUCGACGCAACGACGCGCGCAGGCCAAGCUCGAGACGCCCCAAGAGAAGGCAGCGCGCAAAGAAAGAGAAUCGAAAAUGACCCAAGAGGAGCUCAACCAGGAACGCAUCGCCGCGGCGCAAAAGACCAAUUUCGGCACGAAGGACGAGGGCGGCGCGGGCUGCGUGUGCGCGGUCCAAUGAUCACGUGCCUCGACACUGGCCGGACGUUCGGCGAGACUGCCGCCGAACAGGCUACUAUCGUCUACGGCAGCACCGGCGCGGCGGCACAGGAAAUUUUGUCCCGCGACGCCGGCUUCGAGUGGGUGCCGUCGCUUGCGUUUCUCCACGAGCGCCACUUCCGCGAUCGCGCAUUGCUCGUGUACCCGCCGGCGCCGACGAGCGCGGAACUCGGCGUCGCGGAGGCGCUAGACGCAAACGGGCCACCCGUGUCGCGAGCCGAGGCCAUCGAGAUCGUCGAUUUGGAAUCGGCCGGCGGCUACGGCGUCUUCGCGGUCGAGCCUAUCUCUAUCGGUGCGCUCGUUGUCGAGUACGCCGGCCUCGUAGCCCCCGCGACGGAUGAUGGGUUCGAUCCCUACGGCCUGAGCUACGCGGAGACGCUCGCCGGCGAGCCGCUGCGUCUCUCGGCGCGGCGGUUCGGCAACGCCGCGCGCUUUGUGAACCAUACAUCUAUCAAGCCGAACGCCGAGAUCGUGCGCGUCGUCCACCGCGGGCUGCUGCGCGUCGUCAUCGUCGCGAGAGAGGGCAUCGCGCCCGGCGGCCAGGUCCUCGUGGACUACGGCGAUGCGUACUGGCGCGCGAGCGGCGUCGCGCCCCGGCCGUUGCCGCGAAUUCUCGCGGACGUCGGUACCGAUAGAUAUCGCUUCUAGUGUGUUACAGACCGCUAAACCAAAAGUUAAAACGGAUUUGGCAAAAACGAGCCGGGAAGAGACACUCGAGUGCUCCCCACUCGUACGUGGCAGCGACCAAAAUCCGUGGGAGCAGCCUCCAGCCGGUCGGAGUUUAAUUUGCAACC